AUUACUGAAAACAGUUCGCUCGGAUUCGAACCUCGGAAUUAAUGGCAGAUACGAAUUUAUUUUAGUCUCUAGCACGCACGCUUCACUCACACGUCUAAGAAAAUUUAUAGUCGUACACCUUAUUUUAGGGAUCCGCUCCGUUGGCCUUUGUUUUUCACGUGAAACGACACAAUAAUUUACAGCUAGAUGAUAACGGAGCGUUUUCAAAAGAUAAAAACCAUUCCAUUGUGGAUUAGUACGAUAAAAACCGUGCUUGAAGCAAAACGGCUACAGUGUUAUAACUAAGUACGUUCCUUUUCUCAGUUCUGUUUUGAUGAAAGAAAAAUGCUAAUUUUUCUCGCGAGUGUUACAAGUUUGCUGUCAUUUGUGGCAUCAGAAAGCUGCCUCUACCAGAGAUGUCUCGGCUGCCACCCAGAGGAGAUCAUCUGGACAGGUACAGUGAAGGAUUGUCAACCGUCAAACUGGGUGACUCCGGAAUGGGUGCACAACCUCGGGCACCCCCCACCACACACAGACUCCAGGAUACCUAUAGAAUACCGGUGCUUGAAGAUGGUCGCUACGCCAGAUGACAAAUCUUUUGGCAACACAGUGGACGUGAUACGCGGCUGCGUGCCCAGAGCGCAGGUGGACUCAGUCUGUCUCGGUCUGGUAGCGGUGGAGCGAGCGAGAGGUCACAGCGACGCGCGGUGCUCCAUCUGCAACCGCAACAACUGCAACUCUUCAGCGCGGGCGCAUGUGCAAAUCUUAGUGCUUUUAUUUAGCGUUAUACCAUACUUUGUGCUUAGAUGAGUGUGAAAUUGUGUGGAUGUUUUAUACGUUUUUUUCUAGACUUGUUAAGGGUACAAAUGUGUUUGAUAAUAUAUAGUUUGUAAUGUCAGGCAGUUACUAUACUAAGACUACUUUUAAAACGUUAUGUGUGACAUAACUCAGUAGAUUAUUUUGUGGGUAGAAGUUAUGUAUGAUAAAAGAUAACAAUAAUCAAAUACUAGUUGUAUGUACCUACUUUAAAGAGGAUAUUAUGUACCUGUUAUAGUAAGAAAAUACAAACAUUUUAAUAGAAGCAUA